AUGACCGCUCCUACUGAACGAAUAGAGCGAAACUUUCGGCGACGCUUGUCGUUUAUUCAAGAAAACCGACGAGAAAAACGAGAAGCCCUCGGCUUGCUUGAUGAACUCGAUGUUGAUAUCGCCGACGAGAAGCCAAAAACGCGCUCUUCUCGAUACAAAUCCGCCAGUGUUUGUCUGCCGAUGAUCUCAACAAUGCCAGAACGUUCCAGUACCGUAUCCGAUUUUCCCCGUCCCACUGUUCACAGAUGUGGAGGCACUUCUCGUUUCAUCGUCGAGCGAAACUGUCAACCGGAAUCGCUUGACGCUUUUGAGCUGCAAAGCAUAAGAUUACGGGGUCUGUCGACGUCUGAAGUCUUUCACGAACCUCCCGCAAUGUACGUGUACCGGGAGCGACCUGCUCCAAUAAUAUACCGUGCUCGCAAGACAUCCGAUCUACAAUCCUGUACAGCAUUCAUAAAGAAACGCAAGCACACGUUGUGUGCAUGGACGUUCGGAAUCGUGGCCAUUGCUCUGAAUGACAACCAUUAUAGCGUUGCAGUUCAAGGG